AUGUUGCAUACUCCCGGGCCCGGGCCCGCUCGGGGCCGCGCGGUCGUCGCGCUCCGUCGGUCUCUGCCCAGCACAACCCGGCCGGUCCUGCUGGGCACCUUGCCCCGGCCCUGCCCCGGCGCUCAGGCCGAGGCCACCGUGCCUUACCUCCGCCUCAGGCACCCUCGCGGCCGGCAUCCGCGCGCGGUGCGGCGUCCCCUGAGCGCGCCUUCUCAGGGCUCGUGUCACGCAGGCGCAGGAUGCUGUUUGGAGAGUCUGGAAAAAAGAAAGCCGCUCACAGUGGUUAUAAAUGAAAAGUUGAUGAACAGUCAUCAGCUGGAAUUGGCAAAGCAGCUACACAAAGACGGGCAUCUCUUCUACUGUACCUGUGGCACGCUUCCUGGGCUGUUACAGUCAAUGGACCUUUCAACACUGAAAUGUUUUCCUCCUGGCCAGCCAGAAAAAUUUUCUGCAUUUUUGGAUAAAGUUGUUGGAUUAUAA